ACUAAUAAAGUCAUCCGUGUGGAAAGUCUCCUCUCUCUCAAAGUCGUACCUAUGGAAAGUCUCUCUUUCUCUCUCUAGCUAAUUUUUGUAAUAUUGUUCACCACCGGACCCAUUUUUAUUGAUUAAUCAAUUGACUGUAUGAUGCAUAGGAUAUAGUAGUAGUAAACAUAGUUACAGAUGCAUACAAGAAGCCCCAUCCCAGAAGAAGUGCGAACGCCCCAAACGUAGUUUGAAGAGAGAAUUAUGGAAGGCAAGUGUGAUAUCGCAAAAGACGUUACUGAGUUGAUAGGGAAUACCCCAAUGGUAUAUCUCAACAACCUUGUGGAUGGUUGUGUAGCUCGUAUUGCAGCCAAGUUGGAGAUGAUGGAACCCUGCUCUAGUGUGAAAGACAGGAUUGGAUAUAGCAUGAUCAAAGAUGCAGAAGAGAAGGGUCUAAUUACCCCUGGAAAGACAGUUCUCGUUGAGGCUACAAGUGGUAAUACUGGCAUUGGUUUGGCAUUCAUAGCAGCUGCUAAGGGCUACAAGCUUAUUCUAGUUAUGCCAUCUUCUUAUAGUCUUGAGAGAAGGAUUGUGCUCCGAGCUUUUGGAGCAGAGUUGCACAUCACAGAUAUAACAAAGGGCAUUGCUGGGGUUUUCCAAAAGGCCGAAGAGAUAGUUGAAAGGACACCUGAUGCAUAUUACCUAAAUCAAUUUGAAAACCCGGCCAACCCAAGGAUUCAUUAUGAAACUACUGGACCAGAGAUUUGGAAGGGCUCCACAGAAAAAGUUGAUGCUUUGGUUGCCGGGAUAGGGACUGGGGGCACUGUCACUGGUGCGGGGCAGUUCCUAAAGGAGAAAAAUCCAAAUAUAAAGGUCUACGGUGUAGAACCAGCUGAAAGUCCCGUUCUAAAUGGAGGAAAACCUGGUUCCCACAAAAUCCAAGGAAUUGGUGCUGGUAUAAUCCCUCCUAUUUUGGACGUCAACAUUCUUGAUGAAGUUGUUCCAGUAUCUGGCGAAGAAUCAAUUGAAACGGCUAAGCUUCUUGCAUUGAAAGAAGGUUUGUUGGUGGGUAUUUCAUCAGGGGCGGCUGUUGCUGCUGCAAUAAAGAUAGCAAAGAGGCCGGAAAAUGCUGGAAAACUCAUUGUUGUUAUUAUCCCAAGCUUCGGGGAGCGUUAUCUGUCGACUGUGCUGUUUGAUUCACUAAGGCAGGAGGCAGAAAACAUGGCUGUUGAAUGAGGGUUCCUCAUUUCUGCCAUUUUUCACUUCUUCUGUUGGAGCAUGAGCUGGAACUGUUACUAAUCGAGCGUUCGGUAUAAACUCUAGUCAAUGAAGUGAAGUAAUAUGCUUUUGGUUCCUUGUUUUUUGGGGACAUCAGUCUACAGUGAUUGAUAUACGUUAUUGAAACAUGCUUCGAAAAUGAUUAGAAACUGAGUUUCCCCUUGGACUUGGCAUAGCCUUUCAUGUCUCUGUUUUCCCUUUCUAUACUUAACGAAGAAAAGGGCUCUUUUGAAUGUGUCCCAUUAGUUGUUCUA